AUGGGGUGCGACGCCCUCUCCACCAAACUCGACGUACUCGAUUCGGAGAUCAAAGACGCAAAUCGACUGGCCAUCGUCACCCAGUCCUUCGACGCCGUAACAAAUGUCGCUGGUAUUAUCAACGGAUACUGGAGGUCUCUGAGGUCUGCCGAGGCUCACAAUGACCCCGACAAGUUCACGAAUGUCAUGGAUGCCAUUGGAUCACAGAGUCCAACCGGCAUCUCGAUGACUCUGAGCGUGCUGCACGAAAAGCUAACUGCGCCGAUGCCCGCCCUGACCGACAACGCUGGGACGCAGGUCAAUAGGCCCCUGCUCGAGAGCAUCCGCAGCCUGCUGCAGGACCGCGCCGUCGCGGAGAACAAGUGCUUCACGUACGACAUUGUCGCAUUCAAGGCCGACAUGGCCCGCUGGCUGGAGUACAUCAGCAAUCUUCAGACCAAGGGUAUUGCCCUGGCGGUCAUGCAGGAAAACUUCCGACUUGUAGUCGCGCGCAACAACCCAGAAUCAUACCCCAAGGACAAGCUAGAGAAGCUAGAGAAGUCUGUCACGAGCACCAUAAAGUCAUGGAAGGACACGCACCAGCAGCGUCUGAAAGCGUACGAGGCAGCGCUGGUUGGUGGGCCUCUGCGCUACUCUGCGACCCCUAUUCUCGACAACGCCGCCAACAUCCGUGUCGACGAGCAGUAUCCAAAGCUGUGGAACCUUAUGUUGAGCAGCGGCAAAUGCUGCACCCUCUUCACGCCCGACAAGAAUGUAUUCGCAGGCGAGAGCGGCAAGAAGCGCAUCAUUACGACCUGGUCGCUGGAGGAUCGUCCUUCGUUCUCACAGGCAUUCGCACUGGUGCGGGUGCCCGAGAAGAACGUGUUCCAAUUGCGUACCUCGCGCUUCGGAUUUGCGUCGGAGAUGUACACCGUCGAGACCAAGAACAAUGACUCUCCUCUGCACGUCAAGAUCAUCCCGCGACAGGACGGGGGCAACCAAGAGCCCCUUGUGCGAAUCCUACUGCUCAACGAACAGCUCAGUGGUGUCGACGAGACGAUCGACGUCAGUCUGCGUGACCCCAACCUACCCGGUUCCAUUGCGUUCAACAACCCGAGCGAUCCAGGAGGCCAUCUUCUUCACCGCAUGGGGCCGCGCAAGCGGGUGCUCUUCUGGAUCAACAACCUGACGCCCUCUCGUCACGUCUUCGUGCUGCAGUCCGCGCGCGUCGGCAAGCAGCAGGACGAGGUGCACCUGGUGGCUAACGUUUGGCUACCGGGUGAGCGACUGCCCAUUGGCCUGUCACAGCGCGGAGCGGAGCGAGAGGACCUCAACGCGAACAUCCGCCUGCGCAUCUACAGUCUUCGCGACGGGGAGGCCGUUAACAGGGACAAUGUGCACUCAAUGUUGCGAUUGCACCCUUCGCACGGGCGGCUCGUGCUGGACGAGGGGCGAGCCGACUACCUCUGUGAUCUCUUCCUGCGUAUCGUUAACCCGACAGGCUUUGCCCGCAACUACGUCGGCACGGCGUUGGCAUACGGCGGAAACGAUCAUCCCUGGGGUAUGUAUAACUUGUGCGAGGGCGACCUCAGCCGCUGGCUCGACAGUCAUAUGGUGGUGCAGAAGGAGUCUCUCGAGUACUGCCAGUCUGGUCUUAGGUUGCGCUACGAUAUCGGUGGCAGUGACACGCCGGAUGGCUCGAUAGACAUUAAGCUGAGCUGA